CAGCACACCAAAAAAACAGAGGUGCAUUAUUAGGUCUUACCGAAGUGACAUACAAUGUUGGUGUAAUGUUCUGCAGCAUUUUACUUUAUAAUGUUAUGUGGAAUGUAGCAGCCAUCGUAUUUGUUGCAUUAUCAACAAUCUUCAUGUUCUCUACUUUACUAUUACCGGAAUCCCCAGUAUGGUUAUACAGCAAAGGGAAGCAGGAAAAAUCUGUAAAAAUCCUCCGCUCUUUGAGAUGCACAGAAGUGGAAAACAUCACAGACGAAAUACAAGACAUGGAGAAGAACUGCGCAGAAGAAACAAAAACCUCGUUCUGUGAAACAGUAAAAAAUGUUUGCAGAGCUUGGAAACCGCUGCUCAUAACAAUAUUGCUAUUCGGUCUAUUGCAACAUACUGGGUAUUCUAUAAUGAUCGCCUACACAAUCAUGAUCUUUGAUCGACUAGAAUUACCUUUGGAAAGUGCUAAGGUUACCAUUUUGUAUUCCGUGGUAGGUUUUAUUGGAAGCGUAGCUACGCCAUUUUUCAUGCAUAAAAUGGGUCGAAAAAGUAUCCUAGGAUUUUCUUCUUUUGGUAUGGGAGCAUGUAUGGUAGUUGUAGCGGUAUACGAGGAGAUAUUUUAUUACCAAAGUGAAAAAUUAUUCGCGUACAUUGUUCCGGUAGCUUUCUAUGUGUAUACUUUAGCGUGCAAUAUUGGAGUUCUUCCGAUAGGGUUUAUUGUUGGUGGAGAACUGUUUCCAAAUGAAGUGAGAGGUACGAUGAAUGGCCUUUAUGGUGUUUUCGCAUAUGCUUAUUGGGCCUUGACGUUGAAAUUUUAUCCAAAAUUCAUGUACACUUUUGGCAUCAAAGCUGCCAUUUGGGCAUUUGCUGCAUCUUGUUUUAUGGUUACGUUUUUCGCGGUGUUCAUUUUACCGGAGACUCGAGGUAAAACUCUGAAUGAGGUACAAGAACAAUAUUUCAAAAAAAAGAAAAAGCAGUCGGCUUCCACGAUGGAAAUACAGCUUGAAUAA